AUGACGGAAGUGUCAAAAGGGGCUUCAGUCACGCGGCGGAUGGGAUCCGACUUCACCUCUGCAUCAAGCGUGUUCGAGCAAGACUCGGAUCAUGCGUCGCAGAGCCCAAACAAUUCAUUCGAGAACGUUCGCCUCAGUCCUGACUACCAGAUUGUCAGGUUUAUCCGCAGCGAGAGCCACGGAGAUCUGUACCUGCUCGCGGCCCUCGGUUCCAGCGACAAGAAAUACGUGGCCAAGGCCAUUAACUCUAGGGAUUGUACACCGAAAUUGCGCAGACACCGACAGAAACAUCUCAAGAGGCUGAAAUCGUCGUCGUCCUUUAUAUGUGUGCUUGAAGAGCAUGGCAUGAUGUGGGUGGUCCGCCACUGUGACGAGCCAGAGGUUGUUGGCAGUGACAUUGCAUCCCGGCAUCGGGCCAUAGAGGCUGAAUGGUUGGGACCCAGUGGUGUCUUCCCUCUGUACCAGGAAAUUGACAUGCUUACCGCGAGAAUCGAGGAAGCUAGUGUCAGUUCGGCCAGCGGGUUGAGAAGUCGAUGUUGCCUGACCGACACUGAUCCCCUGCCUGACGGGAACUGCACCAACGGCACCUUUCCAGAGUCGACCGUGACGAGGGUUGGGUCAAGCCCGAUGCUCAAUGAAGACGAUCACCCAGUGAGUGAUGAGGCACAGAAUCACGACCACGUUGGAAGCAUGGGAGAUGCAUCGCCGACUCCUUUUUGGGAUUUGUUCGAAGAAGCCGAAGCGUCCUCCGACGUGGAAAUCAGCCAGCAAGACAAGGCAAUAAUAAGGAAACAAGCAGGAAAAGCUCGGUGGAGGAAGAUCCAAAGGUACCGGCGUCAACUCCAUAGAUUGUCUUUACCCCCCACGGCUACGUUCCUACCACGAAAAGCCCCGGUCCAGCUGUUGAUACCGGGGCCGGCUGUCGAGGUUUUGGAUGGUGGCAAACAAGGAGGAGACGAACGGCCAGCGAACCCCCUUAGUCGUGUCUAUAACGGAUACAGGUACGGCGGAGCCUGCCUGAUCUCCUCGUCCUUCUGGACGAACCUGGACGGUUCCUUUUCUCACAGAUACGUGUUGCUGUGGGACGGGGGCGAGUCCAUAGCUGAUUUUAUUCCUCUAUUUGCGGAAAUCCAGAAGUGUACGAUUUGCGAACUGCUCAAAGAGGUCACGGGCAAGGAUCACUGGGCGGAGAGGAAGCUGGUAUUUAGUGUGGACUUCGAUGUCGGCCAGCGGUCGAAACGACUACUGUUUUUGAAUUCCGGGAAGUGGACAUUGCAUGAAUCUGAAGGCCGCUAG